CGUGAAAAACAAUCGCCGAGAACUACCUGCUGUACACAUGACAUAUCCAUGUGUAGAAACAGCUUUCAAGAAACGGCAUUCAAAGCUGGUGUGUUUUUUGGAGCAGGUGCCAUAAUUGGUUCAUGAAGAGUAAAGUGAGAGAUUUUAGAAAGACAUAAGAUGGCUCCAAAAAGCCAGGACUACUUCAACUUGCCGAGUCUACCAUGGAUGAUUCUUAUAGGAACAGGAAUAUACAUGCUGCUGGGUGCGACUUUCCUACCAGCGGCUGUACCAUAUAGAUACUUAGGGCCAUUGGGAACAUUAGUCUUGUUCCUUCAAGAAAAGUACCCAGCCGUGCUGAUGUUUCUAGUUGUAUUCCUUGUGGUGUGCCAUUCUGCGGAAUCAAUGUACUGUUUGCAAAUGUGUGGAAAGAAGAACAUUUCCCAGGGAUGCAGAGUGAAAUGGUUUCUUUCUACUAUGGUAUUUGGGGGAGCUUCUCUCUACCAGCUCAGCCAGUUCAAACAGGGUGUGCGGACGAAGAAGAACUACAAAGACUAACUGUCCAUCAAAGAGUAGUUUAGAUUUUGUCCACAUUUUUGAGGAUAUCUUUUUUGGGGGGAAUCAUAUUUUAUUUUUCAUGCCAGAUUUGGCUCGUUUUCAUCAGGGUAGUCUUUUAAAUAAUCAAUUUUGCUUUUAAAUUAUUUUAUCUCAUAAGUAGUUUCCCUCUUUUUGGUACAAAGGUUGAUAUUUUUCCUGCCAUUUUGGCUUAUUUUUACCAGGGUAGUUGUUAAUAGUUUGUUUCCUUUGUAGAAAAUUAUAAUGUCAAUCAAAGAAAGGUUUCUAAUUUUUCCUGCCAUUUUGGCUUAUUUUUAUCAGGGUAGUUAUCUUUAGUUUGUCUCUAUUAUACUGUCUUUGAAAGAAAUAAUAAUUUUGGAUUGUCAGCUUUCUAGGUUGACAACAAUUUUUUUUUCCUGCCACUUUUGGCUAAUUGUUACCAGUUCUUUACUUCACGUCAAGUAUACUUUCUUUGCAAGUCAGAUUUUUGGGUAUCAAUAGUUUUUUUAUUUUCCUGCUACUUUUGGCUUAUUUUCACCUUCUAUUUCCGUUGCUGUCCAUCAAAGAAAUAUUUUAUUUGGGGAGCAUUAGAUAUAGAAUAAUUUAGUUGUUUUUUUCAUCAGGGUAGUUUUUCUAGUUUGUUUCUUUUUACGUAAUACUUCUAAUAAUGCAUUACAGAUUUCUUUAAAAAGGUUGCCCUCUUAAAUGCCAUGUCGCAUGUACAAUAUGGGACUGGUAUUUGUAUCCUAUUUGUUUUUGCUUAGCGUCAUAUUGUUAAGCAUCAUUCUCUGCUAAGGCAGCUCAGAGAAAUUAGGCCAAUUCUUCAGUUGUUAAUUUGGUCCAUCUGGAGUUUCGGAAACAGUUGCCAACGAUAGCCUCUCUUUGGUAAAGUCCUGGUAGGACACCAUUCACAGUAAAGUGAAUCAUUUAUAUUUUAUACCAAUUAAGCCUCAUUUUUCAUUAGUGAAUAUGUAAAUAAAAGUUCCCUCGUGCAAUGUGCAUAAUUAUUUAAUAAGCUGAAACUAAUAUUUUGUAAAAUUGUCUACAUUAAAAUAGAUCUUGAUUUCAAGCUAUUUCUAAACUGAAAGCAAAAUUGCUGCUUAUGCUUUGUGAUCAAGAUAAUAGUGCGACACAUUAAUAACUGUUUGAUUAUUAAAAUUGUAUCGUCACUAGUUACUGAUCAUGUUAAUUGUUACACAAGCCCCAAGUUCAGGCUCUUUGGAUUAAGGAUGUGGGAGUGAUGUAUUUUUCUGUAUUCUAGGAGCGUGCAGGCUCUUUAGGUUAAGGAUGUGGGUGAUAUAUUUUUCUGUAUUCUAGGAGCUUGCAUUUGAUAACGGAAUUCCAAAUAUUUGCAUAUUGCAUGCAAUCAGUCAGAUUGUUUUAUCAGAUGACAGAAAGUUAAGUGUAUUUUCAGGAAACUUUCUGUAGAAUCUUGGUGAGUUGGCAGCUCAGGUGGUAACAAAUUUAUGUUCAAGCAAACUAGACGCAAAGCUUAAAAAAGUGCAAUGAACAGUUGAUACAGUGCGUCUUCUAUUCAUACCUCCAUGAUUAAAAGAGGGCGACAUAUGGGCCGUGCAUUAUAGGUAAAUAAAUCACUCUCUUGUCGCUUUGAUCAACCAAUCAAAAUAGUAGUUUGCUUGAAGAUAACCAUAUUAGUGUAAGGGUUUGGUGGGUUUUGUUUGUUGAUUUUCUUUCUUCUUUUUUUUUUGGGGGGGGGGGGGGGUUGAGGUCCCUCAAGUUUUAACAAUCUUUAUGUACAUGUAUGUUGAACAUCAAAUAAAAGAAACAAACAAAAAACAAA